AUGAAAUAUAGAGUCAAGAGCUCCAACAAGUUUGGUUCUAAGGUGGUGGAAUUUGAAGUGUUUGAGAACCAGCGAAGAUGGUUUGGUGUCGGCUGGUCCGACUCUUUGCUUCCCAUAGAACGUCAGCACUAUACAAACGAGUAUCUAAAGCAAUGCUGCGAUACUUUGGAUUCAUACAACUUUCCGAAUCUGCCAGAAAUGUCCGGUUUAUCUGAGUUGUCUGAAAAACAUCCUUGGAAAUGGAUGGAUGAACACUGGAAAAUCGACCGUGAGUUCUGUAAAGGUAAAGACCCCGACGGAUGGAUUUAUUAUGACAAUACAUGGGGCGGCAUGUCAUAUCAGGACUCGAUUAGCAAGUUUACGAGGACUAGAAGGUUGAUUAGAAGGGCAUUAUUGAAACUAGUCUGA